AUGGCCCACACCGCCAACGCGCGCGUUCGACUUCGAUCACGCCACUCCAGAGACCAGAGUUUAGCAAUGGCGGCCGGGCGAGCGUGUGCUCUUAGCGCGGUGCUUGUGGUGGUGGUGGCGCCGCUCCUCCUGGCCGGCGUGGCGGACGCCGACUGCUUCGACUACUGCUUCAAGGACUGCAUCGCCAAGGACAAGAACAUGAUCGACUACUGCAACUACGCCUGCGACAAGACCUGCUACACGGGCGCGCCCCAGCGGCCCUUGGCGGCGGCUGCCGCCCCCGGCGACAUGGGAUGCCAGCUCUCCUGCGCCAGGACUUCCUGCCACCGUCUUGAUCCAGACCGCGAGGCCGCUGAGGCCUGCUUCGGGCAGUGCUAUGACGGCUGCAAGACCAAGACUCUGCCGAGGCCUCUCCGCGCCGGCGCCGGGAUGCCCACCACGUUAGGCCCGGUGGUCGCCGACCUUCCUUCAUCCGAGCCGGACCCGGAUGAUGCGGUCCGUGCGUCGUCAGAGGCGCCCGAACAUCAGGCGAUGGGGCCACGUACACCGUUUUCGGAGAUCCACGCUGCUCCUCCGGCGUCUGCGUAACAAGAAUACCUCGGCGUACGGCCGUGACAGUUAGCAUUGGCCGACCAAUCGAUAUGUAAGCGCAAUCACCAGGUGCGGAGGGAUUAGCGCAUGGACCAAAAAGCCGCGUGCUAAUGGGUGUACACGUAUUAUUUGUAACACUGCUGAAUGAAGUGUCUUAGGCUACUUGUAACGGGAAGUUCUCUGUAUCAAUAUAGUGUACGGGUUUGUUAAACUCAGGUAACGGAGAUUAAAUUCAGUGGGCCA